AUGCAGAACGCCAGAAGCGACCCACCAACUCAGGUCUCGGUAUAUGAGUUGACUGCGCGUUGUUCCCAGUCCUUUGAAGAGUUACUCCAACUACUUUCCAAGAUUAAAGCAGACGCCUUUGAUGCAGCUGAAACACAGCUUGGACGUCUUAAUAUUUGGACCAGCAAUGUCGGAGCCUUGGCAAAUAAAAAUGCCUCUCUCGACUACCGUCUACGAAGCAGCCAUGAUAUAAAAGAGAUGAUUCUUCAGCUACUCCAAGUAAUGGAUAGAAAUCUCAGGCGAGCUAUCAAAAGCGCCCUGGAAAUCAAUAACCACUGCUUAGCAAAGGAAUCUUACUGCCAAAGCUGUACAGAUUUGGCGCCAUCUCUCACAGAGAGUGUGGAAGCGACUAAAGAAAGUAUUGAUAGACUCCAAACACUAGCUAUGGUACUUCGGAAAUCCUCUAUACAGAGCAGAAAUAUCCGCGCGAAAGCCUUUGCUAGUGAAGACGACGACGAGAGCUUCGAACUAUUCGCCCUGACCAUCAUAAAACACCGAUACAAAGAAAUAAACGGAAGCCUUUGUGAGCAACUUGCUGCUUCUCUUGCUAUAAGGCGAAGGCGAUUUGAAUACAAGUCAAGGCAUCAGAGUAAACUGGCCUAUAAUAACUACGUGAAUACAAAAGAUUCAAGAGUAGCAGAGCACGCUUCUCGUCAACUUGCACAACCAAGACAGACACAAAAGCGUAUUCAGCCUUCAGAAUUGCCCGCAAAGAAUAUUAUGUUCAAGCAGGAGUUGCAACCCAUCGGACCAGCACCGUCUCAGACGAAUGCCUCCACGCUAGAUUCGAAAGCGUUUCGCAGGAUUUUAUACGACAGCGCAGCGAAGUCACCCUUUUCAGUUAUCAGUAGGGGAACAUCAAUACACGAUGCAAAGCUAGACUACCCACCACCUCCGAUUAUUACGCGUGGGCAUAAUGAAUGCACCUGCCCUUACUGUUUCGAGCUCCUUCCUGCUGCCAAAGUGAAAAAUGACCGAUGGUGGAGACAUCAUGUGGAUGCCGAUCUUGAAGCCUAUGUGUGCAUCUCAGAAAGAUGCAGUAGCGAUCCAGUUUACUUUUCCAAGUUCGAAGAGUGGAGUCAGCACAUGGCUGAACAUGGGCCAUCAGAGGUGGCCUGGAAUGUGCACCUCUUGAUGUGGCGUUGCCCUAUAUGCAACCCAAUUGAGCCCUUUCGCUGGAAAAAUGAGUUUAAAGAUCAUAUGAACUCUUUCCAUGCAGAUAGGUAUACUCAAUCGCAAGUAUCCACCCUCACAAGACGAAGUACUGUAUCAGCUAUACGGGAUCCCUUCACCUGUCCUCUUUGCAACUGCAUCCCUGAAGAGAUUGAGCAUAUAAUACCUCGAAACAGAAAAAAAAGACUAGAUCUCUUACCAAAGCAUAUUGCGGGUCAUCUUAAAUCACUAGCUUUUAUGUCUUUGCCUUAUAGAGAUGAUAUCAACAACACUUUAUCGGAAGCUAGCCGGGCCCCCUCUCGUGGCUUACAUUGGACAGGGAAAAGCAUGCAGGAACAGAGUUCCAUUGAUUCAGAUUUGGCUCGCCUUUCGCUAUCUUUCAGUGACGACGAAAAUUUAAAUAAACAGGAAUUAGGAGCUGCCCGGACAAUCUUGACGAGGGAACUGGGGACACAAUCACCACCAGGCAUUGAAGUGAGGGACAUCGAGUGGAACUUUUUGCCUAUUAAAGUGUACCCUGACGCAGAGAAAGAUCCCAUAUUACAGCCAUUUAUCAUAUCUAGGAAUGGGUCAUCCAUAACAUCUACGGCAAACCGAGUCCAGCCCGAGGAUAACAAUAAGGACUAUUCCAUCAAUUUUGAACUGCAGUUCACCCCUGCUUUCAAGCCCUUUGUGGGCCGUCAUGCACUAUGGCAGAUAGAAGAAGCUUUGCGGCCACAGCAUGAAGAUCAUGCCAGUGUUUGUGUCUUGUACGGAAAUAAGGGUAACGGAAAGACUUGUCUAGCCCUUGAAUUUGCAAGACAGCACAGAAAGGAGUAUACUGCAGUGUUUUGGAUUGAUGGCUCCACUGAAAAAACGGUAGCACAGAGUAUUGAAAAUAUUAAGUCGCGGCUACCUGGGCAUCAAAGGCUAGAAAAAAAUGGUAAUUUGAACAGUCCGCCAAGCACAGGGCGACAGGAAGCCAUCGAUGACGUCUUGAUAUGGCUUUGCCAGAAAGGAAAUAACCGGUGGCUGAUGAUUUUUGAUAACGUUGAUCAUGAUGCUUAUGAUGCCUGGGAAUACAUUCCCAAAGCAGACCAUGGAUUUGUUCUGGUCACCACCAGAUCUUCUUACCUAGUCAAUAUAGGUGUUAAUUUAGGGAUCUCCGCUAUGGACCUCGGCCAGAGCAUCGAUAUGUUGCAUUUAACGUCCGGGAGGAACAUGAGUGACUAUAGCCAGUUAGCCCUAAGACUCUAUUGCCACCCACUGGCUCUAGUUUUGGCAGGGUCAUUUUUCCGUCAGCAUCGGAUUACACAGGAGAAAUAUCUAGAAUUAUGCGGCCAGACUCUUGAUGGGACCUCUAACCUGUUGGCUCUCGGUCAUCGCUCUCAUUUCUCUAUUACCUCAACAUUGCAGGUUUCCCUUAACCAAGCGAGGAAUUCCAAUCCCAACGCUGCGUUUCUUCUCGAAUUGUGGUCAUGUCUAUCAAAAACCGAUUUAUGGUUUGAACUACUCUCGCCGGCAUUGAAAGAAAUCAAUGGAAUUCCAGGGUGGCUACGAUCACUCGCUUCGGAUAAUUUCUCCUUUCUAGACGCAAUGCAAACACUUCUAGACUACUCACUAGCCGAGUGUCAUGAGAACGGCGGAGGCUAUACUAUGCACCCAGUCAUCCAUGAGUGGUGUUUUGAUCAGUUACAGAACAAACAAGAGAUGACAUCACUUGCAAUUAUUGUUUUAGGCAAUGCAGUUCCAUCAACUCAUAGCCAAGAAUAUUGGGCUUUACAACGCCGUUUACUGCCCCAUCUUGAUCGAACACAAAGCUUGGUGAAUGGCAUUCCGGAUUUCCAGAUACCAGAAAAUCUUUCUGGUCUCAUGAGCGUGUGUUUUCAUAAAAUUGAAGACGUAUACGCCGACCAAAAUCAAAUGGCAGAAGCUACCCAAGCGGCACGACACGCCGUUACUUGUCUACCCGUAUAUCAUCCAGACAGAGCGAAAUGCUUGAAUAAUCUAGGACUUAAACUUGGUUACCAAUUCUCUCACACGAUGCACAAUCUUUAUUUGGAUGACGCCAUCCAUGUGACACGACAAGCUAUUUCUAUUACACCAGAUAAGCAUCCAGACCAAGCAGGACAGCUGGACAAUCUUGGAUGUCAUCUUUUUGAGGGUUAUCUUUACUAUAUGGACAAAGCUAACCUUAAAGAAGCCAUUCAAGCAGCUCGAGAAGCUAUUAGUAUUACACCAAAUGAUCAUCCAGACCUAGCAGGACGAUUGAAUAAUCUUGGAACCUAUCUUUUUCAUCGAUAUCGUCACACUAAGGUCACAACUGACUUAGAAGAAGUUAUCCAAGUAACACGACAGGCAGUUAACACCACACCAGAUGAUGAUCCAGACCUAGCAGGACGAUUGAACAAUCUUGGAAACUAUCUUUUUGAUCGAUAUCGUUACACUAAUGCCAUGACCGACUUAGAAAAAGUUAUCCAAGUAACACGACGGGCAGUUAAUGCUACACCAAAUAACCACCCGCACCUAGCAGAACGAUUGAAGGACCUUGGACUUCGUCUUUGGCAUAGAUAUCUCCGCACUAGGGCUAUGACUGACUUGGAAGAGGCUACCUCUUGUCAUACCCUAGCAUUACAUCAAAUUACGCCAAAUAUUAUCGUUCGAAUAGAAGCCGGCAGAAAUGUUCUCAUGACUGCUGCGGAGGCCCUCGAUUGGAAACAAGCUUACGAAGCGUGGAGUCUUGCUGUCAGACUGGCUCUGGAAUUUGUACCGUUCUCACCUAAAUAUUUCGACAAAUUGCAGAGACUUGGCCGGGUGUCGGACCUUGCUUCUGAUGCGGCGGUGGCAGCGCUCAAUUCGCAACAGCCACCUAUAGUCUCUCUCAGGUUACUUGAACAGGGGCUAUGUUUAGUUGCAGCACCCACAGACAAGAUGUUCGUGGACAUAUUUAAUCUACAAGAAGCGGAUUCCAUUUUAGCCGAAAAGUUCUUUGCUGUCAGGAACAAACUGAAGUCACUUACAAUGGGUGAUAGAACUACAACACAAACUAAUCGACCUUCCUGGCAAUUAAGAGCCGAUGAGUGUCGAAAGGAAGAUGAGAAAUUUUACAAGUUGAUCGCUGAGAUCCGUGAUAAAGACGGCUUUGAAAAUUUCUUAGAUGCACCCAGUCUUGAAGAAAUGCAGGCUGCCGCAACUUCGGGCCCUAUCGCCGUGAUUAAUGUUAGCUCAUAUCGAUGUGACGCGAUUCUUGUUGAGAUGCACCAAAUCCGGGUCUUAAAAUUACCCAGUCUGAAUAGAGAGGAAAUCGAGGCAAAGGCUAACAAUGCAGAUCUGAGAAGUCCCGAAAUUCUGCAAUGGCUAUGGGAUACCGUUACAGAGCCAAUAUUAGACGCUUUAGGGUAUAUUGACUGCCCUUCAAGCGACAAAUGGCCACAUAUCUGGUGGAUUCCGACAGGUCCAUUGACCACAUUCCCGCUGCAUGCGGCCGGUUAUCACGAUCGUGCAUCUGGCCAGACAGUGAUUGACCGAGUGAUGUCAUCAUACAGUCCAUCUACAAAGGCAAUUAUUCAGAGCCGUCGACGUCAGGCAUCAUCCACCGCCAAAAAGGCGGUUCUGGUUGCCGCUGAACGGGGCAGCCUUUUGUAUGGAAACGAAGAGGUUGAAAAGAUCCGUGAACGUUGCCAGACUAUGUCAUUAACUCCAGUGGUGCCAACCCAAUCUACAACAAAUGUGAUAUCACAUCUGCUGCAGUGCAAGAUAUUCCAUUUUACCGGUACAAUUAGAGGCUAUCCUAAUUAUAAAAACAACCUCUCGUCGAUAUUCGCCAACCUCUUUGAAUUGAAUCUGCGGAAAUCACCACCGUUCUUUGCGUACCUCUCCAUGUGCGGAGCUGAUCCCAGCUGUAGUACGCAAAAUAUCGAUCUCAUCAGAAAAUGUCAGCUGACCGGGUUUCGCCAUGUUAUCGGGACUCUAUGGAAUAUGACUGAAACAGGCGUUAAUAUGGCGACAAUUAUAUACGACGAAAUGAGGGACAGUAACAUGACUGACGAGUCUGUCUGUCGAGGGCUGCACAAUGCAAGUAGAACACUCCGAGACCGUUGGCUCACGACACUGGAGACGGGGAAUGGAAGCGAACGAGCCAGUACCCAGUCCCCGAGCUGGAUUCCUUAUGUUCAUUAUGGGGUGUGA